AGUUAGGACAACAUGGGCGGGGAAUACAGAGCGAGCGGGCGUGAGGGAUACAAAUAGGGCCGUCGUAAUUGAGAGCGCAUUAGGAUUGGAUAGGCUGUGCAUAGAGGGGCGGGGCGACGGGAUGCCACUCUCUUCAGUGGCGCUUUGUUGGCCGCAGCACAGGCACCUCCGCUGGACACCUAAAGUGGGACUUGGAUCUGGGUAACUUGCACACUCCAGCAGCGCUCGGGCAAGAUGGCGAUAGGUUGUGGAGAGAGGUGUCUCUUCUUCACGUAAACACAUGAGACGCUUUGGAAGCACGGAGUCCUGCCCAGUACAAAGGCUUUUCGAUGGCACUGGACGAGCUCAUUGCGCUUUGCACAUUGUCAUUGCUGCUGUCCGUUGCAGAUGAAGUCUGUUCCCUAGAAGUGAGCUGUGGUGCUGGUCCAGUUUCUGUGCUCUUGGAUAUGACUCAAGAGCUGGUGCUGGACUGCCACCUGGCAGCUCUGGUCCAGCCUGUUAACAUCUCCUGGCUGAAGGAUGGGCUGCCUGUUGUGAGUCAUGAUCUGCUGCGUCUGCUGCCAAAUGGUUCUCUACAUAUUACUGCCAGACCUCAGAAUGACAGUGAUGGAUUGCCCACACAUGAGGGUAGUUAUACCUGCAUCUCCACUAACUCAUUUGGAUCCAUCAUCAGCCGUACUGUGACUGUCCAGCUUUCAACACUCUCUCAUUUCAUGCUUCACCCAGUACCCCAAUCUGUGCCACAGCAGGGCCUGGCACGUUUUGAGUGUCACGUGGAUGGUCUGCCUCCGCCUAUUAUCACCUGGGAGAAGGACCAGUCACCUGUGCCCUCCCAACCCAGAUUUAUUACCCUUCCAAAUGGUGUUCUGCAGAUAGUCAAUGUCCAACAGGAGGAUACCGGAGCCUAUCGCUGUGUGGCAGCAAGUGCAUCUCACAUACAGUAUAGCCAGGAUGCCAGACUCACAGUCACUUCAGGUCCUCAGAUUGGGCCAGUGGAUGUGGAAAUUAUUGCUUCUCCAAAGAACACAACUGUGAUUGCAGGAAGGACAGCCGUGAUGGAAUGCAUGGCUCAUGCGGACACCAUGCCCUAUGUCUCCUGGAUACGGCAAGACGGGAAGCCUAUUACCACGGAUGCAGUUGUGCUGUCCACUAACCUGCUGAUUUCCAACACCCAGCCGUACCACUCUGGAGUGUAUGUAUGUCGUGCCAACAAGCCCAAGACCCGGCAGUUUGCAAAAGCAGCAGCUGAGUUGCGAGUACUGGGUCCUCCACUACUGUCUCAGCAGCCUGAAACCAUUUCCAGGACACGUGCCAGCACAGCCAGGUUUAUGUGCAAGGCCUUUGGUGAUCCCAUGCCUUCCAUUAUUUGGAUGAAGAAUGGAAAUCCGAUCCUUUCAAAUGGUCGUGUGAAGAUCCAGAGUUCGGGCAGUCUUGUCAUCAACCAGAUUGGACUAGAGGAUGCUGGAUACUAUCAGUGCAUUGCAAAGAACAGCCUGGGCACAGCCUGUAGUACUGCCAAGCUCACGGUUGUUGUGCGUGAAGGGCUUCCUAGUUCCCCAAAGCAGGUCUCCGUAGUGUCUAUGACUAGCACAACAGCGCUGGUGACUUGGGAGCGUCCAGAACUAAAUAGUGAACAGAUCAUUGGCUUCUCCGUACACUACCAGAAAACGCUUGGCACAGAAAACAUUGAGUAUCAAUUUGCAGUCAGCAAUGACACAACUGAGUUUCAGGUGAAGGACCUGGAGCCAAAUACCAAUUACAGCUUUUAUGUAGUGGCCUACUCUCCUCUAGGAGCUAGUCGGAUGUCCAGUUCUGCUACUGUGCAGAUGCUGGAAGAUGUUCCCAGUGCUCCCCCUCACUUGUCUCUGUUGAGCACCUCCCCAACUGAAAUCCAUGUUAUGUGGCUCCCCCUCUCUCUGGAUCUAAGCCAGGGCAAGGUGACCAAGCACCGGAUUGACUACUGUGCCAUGGAAGAGGAUCAUAUGUAUUCCAUUGAAGUGGCUGGCAAUGAAACACAAGUAACACUGCGUGAACUGAAGCCAAACCAAAUGUACAAGGUUCGCAUUGCAGCUGGCACAAGUAUUGGGUUUGGGGAGCCCUCAGAGUGGAUGCGACAUAGUACACCAGCUUGGGAGGAUGGUGCUACAGGUUUUCUGUUUGCUCCUUCUGAGUUGAAAGUGAAGGCAAAAAUAGACUCCCUUCAUGUCAUGUGGCAGCCACCACCCAACCACUCUCAGGUCUCCGGGUAUAAGCUUUACUAUAGGCUGGUCAGUCUGGAAGAGGGUAAAGCUACAGCAGUCCGGCUUCGAAAGAAAGUGAAGCACUAUGAGAUUACAGGGCUGGCCCCUGAUCAUCUCUAUGAAGUCAAAGUACUGGCAUUUAGCAAACAUAAGGAUGGCUAUGCGGCUGUGUGGAAAGGCCGCACACAGAAGGCUCCAGUCCAGAUGGAAGAGGCACCCCAGCAGAAAGCUUUUCCACAACCUCCAACUGGUCUGCGGGCAACUGCCAACAGCUCCACCUCCAUCUGGCUGCAGUGGGAGAAGCCAGCAUUCAGCACAGUCAAAAUUGUCAACUACACAGUGCGAAGCUCACCACUGGGUAUCACCAAUGCAUCUCUGGUCGCAUACUGUGUCAGUUCUGGAGACUCAUUCCUUCUCACUGGUCUCAGACCAUUCACACGUUAUGAGCUGGCAGUCCAGUCUAAUGCACCUGGGGCAGCAGGUCCAUACAGUAAUGUGGUGCUGCAGUCCACUCUUCCUGACAAACCAUCUACUUCACCCAUGGGUCUGCACAUGAGCCCACUGAGCCCUUCCUCAGUGCUGAUGCGCUGGGAGCCACCAGAGGAGCCCAAUGGCAUCGUACAGGAGUAUCUGAUUCUGCUGUCCAUCAACAGCAGCCUUCCUGAUAGCAUGUGGACGUCUGUUGUGCGGGACGGGAAUACAUUUAGUGCUGAGAUCCAGGGGCUAGACAGUGGCUCCAUGUACUAUUUCAAGAUAGCAGCCAGAACUGUGGCUGGCAUUGGGCCAUAUUCGCAUGUGCUGGGAAUACUCAUGCCAUCUCUAAAACGCUCCAUGCCUGAUGUUCUUGACGUCCACUCUGUGACGGGCAUCAUUGUUGGAGUCUGUUUGGGACUGCUGUGCAUUCUUCUUUGCAUGUGUGUCAGCUUUUGCCAGACCAAGCCAAGAUCUGUUUCGCAGAGUCUUUCAUAUAGAAAAGGCCGAUCCGGAACUGUUGUACAGCAGGAGCGGUGUGAUGGACAUGAGUUAGAAACACUUAUGUUAGCCCGCCCUGAAGAUAUGUCCCUGACUCUGACAGAAGUCACUGAAGAACAUAGCCUAAUGGAAGCUAGCCUGGAAAAUCAUAGUCUUCACACAGAGCCCAAGCCUGCAUGGAAUGGCUCAGUGAGUCGCAACUGGACAAGCAACAUCACAAGCUGCAGUGAUCUGGAUUGGAGAGAAUGUACGUCAGUAAAGAAUGGCUGCCUAACAGUUCCCAGGGGUCUCACUGAGGACAGGCAGGCUGUGACACAUUCAGCUGCCAUCAGAACGCAUGAAGACAAACCUGCUGCUCCUCAUCAAGUGGAGGCCUCCGUCAUUGUCCAUUCAGAACAUUUGAACAGUACAGUUAAAAGCGAGACGGAUAGAAAGGCUGAUUUCCAGGAAGUGCCCUCAUCUGUUUUCUUGCACACAUUUAGUGAGGAGACGGCUACCUGCCCUCACAGUCUGAAGAACGGUUUUCGCAACAAUGAAGUGCUUGAGCGCCUCCUACAGGCUUUGGACUCGGACUCUACAGUGGCACGGAGAGCAGCAGAGCCCUCUGGUGUCUUUGACUCUACCUCAGUAUGUGAUAACUAACUCUAUCCUUGCCUAUGGCAAGCAACAGCUCCACACUUAUGAGAAAGAUGGUCCGAGCCUGGCCAGUGGGGUUCCUCCCAGCUCUGGGACACUUGUCAAUUUUUGGCUUGCCAUAGUAUUGGCCCUGGAAAUGUCUUUUCUCAGAUCUACCCAUCCCCAACCCCUAUACUUUGAAGCAGAGGGGUCAAUGUGUAUUUUAUAUAGUACUGUUCAGAAUGAUCACUGUCCCAAGGCUACAAUGUCCCAUCAACCAAGUGGUGCUUUUUACCCCUCAGUCUCUCCUGGUCAGGGUCGUGCUUAGAGACAGGGGUUAAACAUGACUGACCGUUUGUCAGCCUUACAUCAUGGCAGGGACUGGGGCUUAGCUUGUUCACAUUGGGCAAGCCAUCCUCAUUCUCUGUAUGAGUCCUGAUGAUCAAAUACAGUCUCUCCACCCAGCAGUCACUUGUCAGUUUAACAACCAGAGACUCCAUUAAAGAUAUGGGGGGCUGGGUGUCAACUUAGAUUGUUAAACCAAGGGUUUAGGCCACAUGUAUGGCUUUACGUGCGUUUUAUCCAUAAUCUUUAUAGGGCACUCUCCUCUGUGAACCACAAGUAGCAUGUCAUCUCAGGGUACCUGCUGCAAUGAUACAAUAAGAGUUUGGGACCACAGGGUGAUCCACCAGUACGAUUGUAACUCCAUUUUUAUUUACCCACUUUUACAUACACCUCACUGUCUCUUAUCCUUCAUGUCUAUUUCCACUAUUCACAUUUACCAUAUGAAUCUUGUGAUGAGGUAAUAGUGUGGUCUUUACGCACUCGGACGCAACAAACCAAGAACAUAAGAAGUUUGACAAAUGAGAAUCUGUUUGGUCAGUCAACCUCUUUUGUGUAGCUAAUAGCUCAGCUAUCCCAAUACAGUAUCUCAUCGAGAUACUUUUUAAAAGUUGUCAAGGCUUCUACUUCAACCACAUGGCUCGGUAGUUUAUUCUGUCGCUUUUCAUAAAAAGAAAAUACUCCCUUGCAUUGGUUCUAAAUGCACUUUCACUUACAUAGUUUCCAUUUGCAUCCACAACUACGAGAUUCACCGGUUAGCUGGAAGAAUUCUGAUGGAUACACUUUAUCAAGGCCUUUGGGGAAUUUUGAAGACCUGAAUUUGAAUCGCAUGUGGCCUCCUCUGUUUGAGACUACGUGAGUUUAACUCUCCAGGCCUCUCGUGGUAGGCUGUGCCCUUUACGUCCUUUACUGCUGGGGGGGCACUUGUUUGCUGUCCUCUGUUCAGUUCGUUUUUGUAGGAUGGUGACCAAAGGCAAGCUUGUUAAGUUUGAGCAGAAAUCAUUAAGAGGAGUCAUCUUUAGAUCAUCAGUGAUGAUUUUUUUUUUCUUUAGUCAUAAGAAUUACACUGUGGCUGCAGGCUGGCACAGUGCACAAGUACAUGCCAACAGCAAUCCGUGCCCAGAUCCCCUGUCGUAGCAGUUGGCAUAUUAAAGAAUGGGUAACGGUUUUCUGGUUUCUCAUCUCUUAUUUCUACUUAGCAUCAUCUUAAGAAACAGAUGGACUUUUAAGUGACAAAUAUGCACUAACUCCAGUCUAUGUUUCAGUACUGGACUGGAUUGAAGACCUCCUAAAAGCAAGUUGUCUGGAUGAUAUAUUGAAGCAAAAUGUGCCAAGUGCCAAAUCACUGCUGCUUUUUAGGAGAAAACUUUCAAACCAGUUCCCCAAAAAGACCACUAAUGGCUAUUAAUGGAAUGAAUGUUAGGUAGGACCGCUCACUCUUCCUGUCCACACACAAUUCUGUAUUAUACAAUUGCAUACUGAAACCUACGUCACAUUCCACGACUUCUAGUCUGAGGGGCUAUCAGACUUGAUGACGCACUUGUGGAUCUCGUCGUCCGAGGUUGUCAGAUAGCAUGACUAGAAGUCAUCAGGGUUGUCAAAUUAGAUGACAGUGUAAGGACUUUCCAACACAGUUUCACGUUUACAAAGCAUCGCGAGUGUGUGGCUUUUUCUGCUGCUUGUCGGAGACGGUGCCCAUGUGAAGGCUUAAGAGGUACUGUGAGUUAAACCACAACCUCUGCUUUUUCUUUUCCAUUCUAUUUUGACACAUAAAACACGAGACACCAGACAGACGACCUUCUCUUCAUUUUGCAAGGUCCAAAACAUCUACUGUUACCGUACAAGUAUGCAUGGUACAUCUGGGUGAGUGUUCAUUGUUUGUUAGCUUUCACAUCAGUAUAUAAGAAGUUUGACCAGCCAGUGGGCUAUUAGCUAAAUAAACGAGCCUGAUGGACUGAAUGGUCACCUCUUGUUUGCCAAAUUUGUUUUGUUCCAACAACCGAUGAGUGUUCACUGAGAAGUACGAUGUCCACGCGCACAGAGCCGCUUCUAUGACUUACACGAAAGUCAAACCCACUUGAUUUAGUCAGAGCAAGUCGCCAAGUAUGUCACGCUACAAGACUGCCCCCUGCCUCUAAGUCUGUGCCUGAAAAUUACUGGCAAGGUUGUGUGGUGUGAUGUGGCCUUAAAGGAGUGAUGGGUAGCCAACGGUGCCCAUGCAAUCUUGCACCCCACCGUACCAAGUCAGAGGUGACGAGUAAGUGAAUCCUGAGGUCUGCAUUUCAGUAUUCAGUAUUAUUAUUUGCCAUAUUCAGGAUGUGAAUGCCAUGCCAAUCCCCACCCAGCCUUUUUUUUUUAAUAUAUAUGAGAGACUACUGCACCCGCCACCACCCCAAUUAGGCCCAUAACUGAAUCCUGAGUUCUGCAUUUCAGCUUUAGGCUGACAUAUUGAAACAAUGGAUGAGGGGAGACAGUUUACGCCCCAUGUUAGACAUGGCUAAUAUGACUACAUUUCAGUAUUAUGUUUGGCUCAUUAAAGGAGCAGAUACAGAGUAGCAGCCCCCCUAUCUGCAAAUUUGUAUUUCCAGAAAGAAAAAAGUCCUGGAGCUUUCAGAGAUACAAUUACUUGUAAUAUUUUUGUACUGUAGGUAUUAUUAAAUUCUGUAUCCUGCGACAGUGUGUCCAGUGCUAGUGCUUUAAACAUUGUGUUCCCACUUGGACCUGAAGCCUUUGCAGCCUGAGGCUGUUUGCUCGCAGAGGGGGCCGCGGGGUCUUUGAUUUCUGUGCCGCCUUGUUGUGUACUUAAGCCCUGGCAAGGAUGCACAAGGGACUUGCUGCUUCCUGUCUGGACUUUACGGGCACAUUGUUAAAAGUUGAGUUUCCAACAAAAACGUCCCUCUCUAAAAAAGGGCUCCAAGUUGUGGGCAGUGGGGUUGCUUCCCAAAAGGACAUGCAGACGAUGACCAGCUGGGAGAUUAUGUGCACAGCAGAAGAAAAUGAAUAAAUGUAAAUAAAUAUGCAAAUUUGUGAAGAGUUAUGGAGGGGAGUGCUUGGGUCAUCCCCUGUUGGGAGAAGGGGGCUGGGUGGGUGUGGGGCCAGCUGCUGUGCGGCACAGUCGUUAACCGCCCCGUCUCCAUCCCCCACUUUCCCCUCAUCAAGGAGCCUGUCCUGCUCAUCUGAGGUCACAGACUGGUUUCUCAAAAAAGCAUCGUGUUAUAAGAUGGCAGUGGCACGCCAGGGGUCCUGUGACAAGGUGGCAUGCUUGACGCAAGUGUGUCUUCUUGGUAGGGGUGAUGGGGGCAAAGAAGAAAGUGUGCCAAGUUAGUACUCUUUUAUACAGUAUUGAAUGAAUACAGACCCUGGAAGUGGUACUCCCCACAGCAUCCGAGGGGUCUGCAGUGGUGUUAUGUGUUUGUAUGUGUAACAGUAAUUGAAAUCUAGGCCAUUACAAUAAUGGAUGUCUUUAACAAAAAUGUCUGGUUUUAAAAUCAAACGAAGAUGCUUAAAAUGAGCAGAAUGAGAUAUGUGUUUGCUUUUUGCUGUGAUGCCAGGAUAUGACAAAUGUCUCGAGAUUUUACAGGAAUAAAAAACAGAAGUUUCGAGGUGAGGUAGCUCUCACUAAUCAUGGCGCCGGGGAGUGGUAACGUGUCACAUGUUGAUUAGCAACUGCAAGUAAAAAUGUCUCUUUACUCUGUACAUAUGACAGUAGUGACCCUGUAAUGAGUGUGAGUGAUCUCACACAUUCUGGCGAAAUCUCCAUGAGAUUACAGAACUCCAAAAUACAGGAGAUUUGUGACUCUUG